UAUACGCUCAUCUAUAGAUCUUUGGAAGAAGAACCUUGAGGACUUGGAGAGUCGCUAUAAGAUAACAGACCGUUUCCUUCUCUUCAAGUCAACUGUCGUACUAAUAGUUGUCAUACUGAUGUUCUUUUUUUCUCAUUUUAUACCAGGAGUGGAGCUAAACCUAGGCUGGAUAGCAAUAUUUGGUGCUCUGAUGUUGCUGAUACUGGCUGAUAUACAAGAGCUGGAGGCUAUACUGAAUAAAGUUGAAUGGGGCACACUCUUGUUCUUUGCUGGUCUGUUUGUACUAAUGGAGGGGCUUGCUGAACUUGGACUCAUGGAAUUUAUUGGAAGAAUAACAGUUGAUAUUAUCAAGCAAGUAGAUGAAGAUAAGCAGCUACUUGUAGCAAUAGUGCUAGUUUUAUGGGUAUCAGCUAUAGCGUCUUCAUUCAUUGAUAAUAUACCAUUCACACAAGCAAUG